AAUCUUUUUUUUCUUUUUCUUUUCUUUUUUUUUUUUUUUUUGAAAUGGCUGGAGCGAUAAUCGAGAACAUGAGCACAAAGAAGUUGGUUGUUUUAGGUUUGACUGUACUUAUUUUCCAAGUGCUGUCAGUUUUGGUAGGAGGAUUAAUCGCUCCUAGCCCUACUAGCGCCAUUCACUACCUGGCCACCAAAUGCGUCCGCCGGCACAGAGGAGGAGGAGGCGGCGGCGGCUGGCUGAUGCCGUGGGGGUCAAGCCGGUGUCAGAGGAUCCGCAGCUUUGACGACACCCUGGCAAAAACACUUGACGCCAACGACAUAGUGUUUGCCGUGCACGUCCCGCUGCCCAACAAGGAGAUGAGCCCCUGGUUUCAGUUUAUGCUGGUUGUGCUACAGUUUGACAUUGCCUUCAAAAUGCUCAAUCAGAUUGAAGAUGGUGCCACCAUCACCAUUGAUGCUGGUCUGGCAUACAGGGAUGAUGUGUUGUCCAAUUGGACCACAAAAUUUCACUCUGUAGAGAAAAGACAGCUCUCGUGUAUGCUUAUGGUCCCCAAGACAUUUGAAAAUGAGGGGCGCUUUUAUGUGUGUGACCCUGUACCAUUCAUAGAGCUGGGCAGUGUGGCCCACAAAUACUAUUUAAUUAACCUGCGCCUUCCAGUAAAUGAUAUAGUAAACACUGGCAUUGGAGAAAUAAAGGACAUCCACUUAGUGGGCAUCCACCAGAACGGAGGCUUCACUAAAGUGUGGAUCAGCAUGAAGACAGCGUUCAGCCCCUGGAUAUUUGUGACCACAGCCUGGUACUGGAGGAGAAUCAGCCUGAUGACAAGACCACCAGUCCUCAUAGAAAAGAUGAUAUUUGCCCUGGGUAUCUCUAUGACGUUCCUGAAUGUGCCGGUGGAGUGGCUCUCCCUGGGGUUUGAGUGGACGUGGAUGCUGCUGUUCGAAGACUUUCAGCAGGGUGUUUUCUACGCCACGCUUUUCUGCUUCUGGAUAAUCUUCUGUGGUGAACACCUCAUGGACCAAAGUCAGAGGAAUCGGCUCUCUGCCUACUGGUGGCAGGUUGGACUGGUGGUGUUUGGCUCAUUGCUUCUGCUCAUAUUUGACCUGACUGAGAGGGGUGGUCACUUGAGCAAUCCUUUCCACAGUGUUUGGGCAUCGCCCUUUGGGACAAAGUGUGCUAUUACCUUCAUUAUUAUGGCAGGGAUUUCUGUUUGCCUCUACUUCCUCUCCCUGUGUUGCAUGGUGGGUUGUGUGUUCAGGAACAUUGGUGGGAAAGUGCAGCAACUACCUGCAAUGUCAGAGACCAGGAGGCUGCACUAUGAGGGUAUAAUCUUCAGGUUCAAAUUUUUGAUGCUGGUAACUCUAGCAUGUGCAGCCAUGACUGUCAUCUUCUUCAUCAUAACUCAGGUGAGUGAGGGACACUGGCACUGGGGAGACUACACUCUACAAGUGCACAGUGGCUUUCUCACAGGGAUCUAUGGCAUGUGGAACCUGUAUGUCUUCACCAUCAUCUUCCUUUAUGCUCCUUCCCACAAGCACAAGAGCAACAAGACAAGAGAUGAACAAAAAGCAGAUACGCUGGAGACACCAGAAAGCCAGGAGACCCAGCUGACCCGCUUUCAGCACGUGCCAACAGAGACCUACAGGAUCACUGGGAAAGUUGCAGAGGAAUAGUCAGACACUAUUUUUGUCAGAGUCCCUGUUUUGUUGUGUUUUUGUCUGUAUACUCUUGCUGUUAAUGGAACAUCUGAUCAUAUAUCCAAAACACCAUGUUAUGUAAGCCCUGGACCAUAAUGGAGAUAAUACAAAUGCUUUCUUUACUUACAGUGAAUAUGAUAAUAUCUGUUUUGUCCUAGCAUGACACCUUUGUAAUCAUUGUAAAUUCAAAGUGGUGUUAUAAAAGCAUAAUGCUAAAA